AUGCAAGAAACGCCAGCGCUCGCGCAAAAGAGGAAUUUCAACGCAGUCAUGCUCGAAGAGGCGAGAUACGGAGAUCCUAGUGUCGCGAGCCUACCGUCUUUCGACAAGAACGCAUGGUAUUACCCAUCUCACGUUUACGAAGACGACGGCAUUCGUUACACAGCGGCGAAAGGUAAUUGGGGUCGUAAAACGGUACAUGACGCGAGAUGGGUUCGAAGAGGGAAGAUUGCCCCCUGGGCACCUGGCCUGGAAGACUGGGAGGCUGAAGAGCGUGCACGUAAGCGCAUCAAGCUGUUGCUUCCGCCGGAACCAGAGCCACCUUCGACAAUCGUUCUGCCUCAUCUGCGAUCACCUUCGCCUCCUUUGACGGCUCCAUAUCCUACACCGAACACGCAGCACUUCUCAUACACCUCUUUCGUCAUGGACAAGGCAGUGACGAACUCCUUCCGAUCUCGUCUGCUUGAUGAACUCGAAAGCGCCACAAAUAGUCUCAUUGAAGGUGAGACUGCACUGCGACGAGCGCUCGGAAGGCUGUGGCAAGUCAUGAGUGAAGACCCCGAGCCGACUUCUGGGACGGUUCAGCAGAAUGUGCUUUUGAAGAAUGCCGGCGGCGCUCCAGUGAACGGUGAAGAAGAUGCUUCAGUAGUGCCGAAACGGGAAGAUGAGGGUGACGACGAAGAUGAUGAGAGGGAAGAGAGACUGGCACGGGCUCCCGACCUCACUCCCGUUGUGCACAAACUCUUCCUAUUGAUGAAUGGGGAGGGGGCCGGAACUGUUUACGACGGCGCCCACUUCAGCCAUCCUGAUGUCCAGCUAGAGAGCUUGGAAAAAUCGCUGGCAACACUGCGGGAGUUCCAGGAUGAUGGAAGGGAGUACAUUGAGAGGCUGGAGGAGAUCAGAGAUGGAUUGGGUGAUGCGCGAACACAGAGGAAUGGAGUGUGGGACUUGGUGCGCCGGAAAGCCAUCAAGGAGUUGCAAGAUGUAGCGUCGAGUUCUGCUUCCGCGUUAUAG